CCGAGCGAAGUGAAAUAAAUCGACGUGUUUGCUUCCGUUCUUCGUUGUAUAAGUCGCUAAAUCGCGGAUAAGAUGCAAUUUUGUUAAAUCGUGUACAAAUGUCACUUCGGAUCCAGAAAGUACUUGCUGCUCCGUGUUUUCCCGCUGUUCGCUCAGCUCGCGCAGGGAGCAGUGGGGAAAACAAACAGGUCGAACGUUGGAAGAUUGGUCGCCGGUUAGACGUUGGAGGGUUGUUUAACGGCUUUUAACGGCGUUUUGUCCGGUGCUAAUUCAAAGUUAUCCUUCCAUUUUAUCGGUGCUUUUUGUGUGUACGGUGUUUGGUAGUAUUUACCCUCCGAGUAUGUUGCCGCUUUCUAACGUUUUAAACGGGCAGUUGGAGCGCGUAGUCUACCCCGCUGCGGUUUGUUUUUCUCGACGUUGUUGUUUACCGGUUAUAACUCGACGGUUACUGAUUUAAAAUUUAACCGGUUUAACGGCUCUGAAUUCAAGUUGAGACCACGUACCCUUUUUUUUUUUUUUUAAGUAGACAUGCAUACGAGGCGUUUAGUGAAGCGGUCGAUCCUCGGCAGCCGCGUUUAUGCGCCGAGUCCGACGGGUGACGGUGCUCCGGUGAUGACAGGAGUGGUCCAGGCUGUCAAGCAGGAAAACAGAGACGUUUACUCGGCCGUUGGAGCCGUUGGAGCAGCCCGGCGCAGCGUCUACACGGUGCUCAUGCAGGACGGCAGCCUCCAGGAGUUCUCCGAGGAGGAGAUAGCCGCCGGGUUCAACCACACUGCAGCCAAAGGACCGCUCAAAUCCAGCUUGAAGCAUAGCUCCAGUAACGGAGCCCCAGAGAGCCAUAAGGUGGAAGGCGGCUCCCUCAGCCCAGAGGCGCUGGAGGAGCAGCGGGUGGCGGACGGCAAGCGUGUUGGCCGGGACCCCGACACCCGAUCAGUGUCCCUACUAGAGCAGAAACGCAAAGUGGUCUCCUCCAGCAUCGAUGUCCCUCACGCCAGACGGUCGGAGGAGGAAGUGGACAUGGACAAGGUGACGGCUGCCAUGGUGCUGACAAGUCUCUCCACCAGCCCGCUGGUCAGGAGUCCACCUGUCAAAGUCAAUGAAGGUCUGAGUGGUUCGUGGAAGGACAACGGCUCCGCUGGACCCUUCACCCCGUCUAGCAACAGCUCUUCAGGGGGUUACUGGAGCUGGUCUGCCCCCAGUGAUCAGUCCAACCCUUCCACACCUUCUCCGCCGCUCUCUGCCGACAGCUUCAAGCCCUUCCGUGUGCCCAGCAUGGGCGGUGUGGGACCCGGCCCCGCGGGGCCCGAAGACCCUAGCCUGGACGAGCAGGACGGCAGCAGCCUGCUCUUCGAUGAGCCCAUCCCUCGCAAGCGCAAGAACUCCAUGAAGGUGAUGUUCAAGUGCCUGUGGAAGAACUGUGGCAAGGUACUGAGUACCGCUGCCGGCAUCCAGAGACACAUCCGCACCAUCCACCUGGGGCGUAACUGUGACUCGGACUGCAGCGACGGCGAGGAGGACUUCUACUACACGGAGAUCAAGCUCAACACGGACUCGGUGGCCGACGGGCUGAACAGCCUGUCCCCCGUGUCCCCGUCCGUCCUCCCCUCACCUCCUCCUCCACCCGCUCCUCUCCCAUCUCUCAGCCAGCUGUCGGACUUCCACAGACCUCCGCAGUCCUCCGACACCAAGGAGUCUCACGCUGGCGGCACCACCCCGCUCAGCCGCUCUGCGCCCAGCGCACUCUACCUCAUCCACACGGACCACGCCUACCAGGCCACGGCUCCAGUGUCCAUCCCGUCCACCAGCAGUAACUCGACCGGCUCAGCCUGCACCAGCUUCACUCCCACCAACAACUCCAGCUUUAGCAUCUCCUGGCAGUCGCCGCCCGUCAAUUUCACUGGGACCACGGUGUCCCCCAGUAAAAGCCAGGGCUUCGGCGAGCAGCGCUCCCAGACCAUCGGCGUCCUCUCGUCCCCUCCCAGAGCCACCACUGCCCUCAGCCGGAAGGUGCGCGGGGAAGGGAAGAAGUGCCGCAAGGUGUACGGGAUGGAGAACCGCGACAUGUGGUGCACCGCCUGCCGCUGGAAAAAGGCUUGCCAGAGAUUCACCGACUGAACGUCCCCCACCAGCUUCACGGCGCGCCACGCCAACGGGCACUGCUGCCUUUCGCCAGAGAACGGGGAGGGAGGGGGGGCAUCAUUUUGCAUGCAUUUGGUUUUCUUCAGCUCAAAAUCGCAACUGUCCGCCAAGCUCUGGCUCCGCCCCUGUCGUCCUCCCCCCUCAGCUCCACUGAACUCCAGCUGCGGAAGGAACCAAAGGACAGCGGAGUCACCUUUUGCUGCCCAGGAUUCCAAGUACUGCCUCGCCAUUCCCACCAUUCCUACCAUUCCCAGUUUUGGGAAACCCCAGUGCAGCUAAACGGUGUAAAGAAAAAAUAGAUCUAAAGAUUUCUCCCGUUUUUCUUAUGUUGGGUUCAGUGUUGCAUAUUUCUAUGUUUUGUAAAGCUCUGGUUUUUAAAUGAAAAGUCUAGUCAACGAAGGGGUCCGGGAAAAAAAGGCCAAAAGCUUUUUUUGUGUGUUUUGUGAAAAGAAAAAAUCUUCACUUUUUUAAUCCAAAUAAAGAGUGCGCCUCUGUGCUGCAAGUUUUUGAAGGACGUUAUGAAAAAGCACGAAGUUGAAGCUCGCUGUUUUUGUUCUUCCUUCCAAUAUCUCUCUUGAUUUAUUUCUGGACUUUUUUGAGGUGAUCUUUUAUCACCGACAUCACAGCCUCUCCCGGUUCCUCACCUGCUCUUCACUCCUGACAGCCCUGAGGGAAUGUAUGACAUGAAGAGAGAAUAGAGACACACACAAAGUGAAUGAUCGAUGCAAAAAAAACGAUAGUCAGGGAAAGCAGAUGGACCACGCCGGUGAUUUAGCGUAACAGUGUUCACACUCACAAACAAACACAGGUAUUCCCAACACAAUCAAAGCAGAAGACAGGAACUGUUUUCUAUGUCACUUUUUUAUCCAGUUGAUUCAUUUUCUUUGUUUUAUCAGGGAUGUGAAUCUAAAGAAAGCAAAAACCAGCAGCUAAAACUUGGGAGUUAUACUGUGUCAGCCUCUUUCAUUACACACUUUUUGCAACCAAAAACUCCUUUAUCUUACUCUUUAUGUUUUUGGUUUUUGUUAAGACGUUUACUGUUGUUGAUGUUUUCUCUCUUUUGGCGAAACCAAGACUGUUUACCCACCACCUGCUACAGAAAGUGUGUUAAAAGACCUUCCUGACAGCACUGGAAAAGCAUGAAGUCAGCAGCGUGCAAGCCCAUAAAAAGAUAAACAUCUUUCACCACAUACAGACAGACAGAUUGCCCUCCUCCUCCUCAACCAACUUCUUUCCCAACGGGAACAAAAUAUCUCUGUGUUUACGUAUCUUGAUGAUCUGUUAACCAAAGGGGGAGGGCCGAAAAACCAAAAGUGAGGCACUUGCACUGUAUGUGUGUAACAGAGCACUUGUGGCUACUUGUAUUGAUUCUUUCUUCCACGAGCACUCUUCAUUUCAACAUAAGCAGUUAUAAAAAGGAAACGAGCAACAUUUGACCACCCUGACGUCGCUACUUCCUCCUUUUUGAACUGUUAUUUGCUCCAAGAGUUUUGGAGAAGGGUGGAAUAAAGUUAUAAGCACUUGAUUAGGUCACUCCUUUGUUGUUUAAUAUGUACCGCAGCACAUUUUCUUAUUCACUUGGCAACACAUAAGCAAAGCUUUGAGCUCUCAUAAGAGUCCUUGUGAUCGCCACGUAACCUUGUUACCGAGGAGGGGAAAAAAAGAGGUCAAAAAAUAUCUGAUUUGUCAUUUGAAUGUUUCAUUUGAAUUUCCAGCCUCCUUGUUGGCUCAAAGGCAGGAAACAAAAUCACAAAGCCAAAUAGUUUACAGAUGUUCUCUACUCUGUAGUGAUAAAUGGACCAACUCUUUUUGUCACCCGGGGGCUGCGUUCUGCUUUAUUACAACUCUAGAAAUGUUUCUAACCAACAGGCACGUUGUGAUUUUGUUUCUGCAGUUACUCUCAUGACAUUUAUGUGAAUGCACGCUGAAUUCUUUCUUGGCAUUUUUGUCAUUUUACCCCCCAGAAUUUAUUCAAAGCCAACACCAGUUAAUAAAUGCUAAUACACGCUCGCCCACUUAAUAUACAGUAUAACUACUUCCGCAACCGAUCGUAAAAAUCGUAGCUCUUUUGCGUUUGCUCAGCUGUUUCUAUUUUGUCUCCAUUUGUUUCUGUCUGAUCAUGUAUAUAUGUCAUUCUUGUAUUUUCUCUUAAGCUCCAUGUUUAUGACCUCGGUCAUUACGUUCGCCACCUUAUGAACAAGACCGGUUCAAGUACGACAUUGCGUGAGGAAACAAUGUACCGUUCAACCUGUCGGGCUACUAUUGUUUUGAAUAUAGGGAUAGCCUUAAAGUCGCUCUUGAAAAGAAAUCAUUGUGCUUCUUCUUCUAUGUCAUUACAUUGAUGUUUCAGUAAGAAAUAUUUAGAUUAUCUCCAAACUGAUUAUGCCAUUGUAUUAUGUGAACGUAUCAUUGUUUAUGAAAAGACAAAUUUAUAUAUACGUAAAGAAAAAAACAUGUUGGAAUUUAAAUUCAAAGCAAAAAAAGAUUUGGCUGUUUUUUUUUGUUGUUUUUUUUCAUAUAUAUAUAUACAUAUAUAUAUAUAUGAAUAUAUAUAUAAACUGUUUAUGAGAUUUUGUUUUCAUGUUCUGCUGAAGGAUUUUGUUUUGUGGCUAACUGUAGGAGGGAGGCAUAAAUCUCACUGCAAGCCAAGCUUGUUAUGCUCUUUUCAGCGAGUGUGACCCGCACGCUCCCGCCUGGAGCUCCUUCACGUCACGCUGCCGGCGCUGCUAAGCGGUCGAAAUCCACAGUUGAUUAAAACCUUUAUCUUAUUUCCAAUUCUGCUCUCCCGGUGGCGCGCUACGCCCACUCACAAUUAGUUUGAUUGACAACUCGGUGUGUUGUUUGCGCUCAUGUGUGCGGUCACACGCUUCUGUGUAUGGAUGUGAAGGAGCCCCCGGGCGAAGUAUGCGGGCCGCCGCUGAAGCACGGUGCUCUGCCUCCUCCUCCUCCUCCUCCUUCUCCUCCUUCUACCGGGGAGAGCUACACAUCUUUAUCAAAUGGCCUGUGGCAUUUCCCUGUCAGCUAACACUUCGGGGUUCAAGGAUGUUUUUGUUGGUCCAGACGUCAGCGGCUGGAUGUUGUUGUUGUUUUUUUACUCCAUGCACUUCCCAUUGCCCUUUCUCCAUCAUUGUGGUGCUUCAUGUGUGUGUUCGGACCAUCUCCUCCACUGGUGUGUGGGAACAAUCUGGUAGCCAAUCUGUCCACGAACAAAUCCCUAGUUCAGACCAAGACUGGAUAUUUUAGGUGGCAGCAUCUCCAGGCAGCUAAUUUUAAUUUUCUCUCUCGAUUCUAGGUCAGCGUCGCGUCGACCAAGUAAUAAGAUUUGGCCAAAAAUAAGCUAAUCUCACACCCUGUGUUUAGGGUAAAUCCACAAAAGAACACGUGCUGCCAUAUUCUCUCAACCUGUUCAUCUCCUCAGUGAGGAACUCUGGGAUUUGUUUGUGGACCGUGUAUGGCCCGGCCUGCAUCGUUCGUAGUACUGAGGAACACCUUGGUCCCGUUCACUGCCAAUCGCACAAAGAUGGCCUGAAGCAUUAAGGGGCAUUUCAGAGGACACUCAGCCCAGCAGGUCCGUCUGGGCUUACUGCGCAUACUGGUGCUGUGGCCUCAGCUAGGGGGAGAAAUGGAGGUGCUAUUAUUCCCGUGCAUUUGCUGUUUCUCCCAUGUUGUCUUCUGAUCAUAUUAACUUCAUUUUGUACACUAUGUUAUGCUGUAGAACAUGAAAAUAAAAACACCCUGCCUCAAGCCUA